AAGAGCAGAGAGGAGGGGAGAGGAAGGAGCAGAGCUCGCUCCCGUGUGUGACCAGUUAGAGGAACACAGACUCGCUCUUCCGAUGCAGUGUGCGUAAAAGGAGCGUUUUCGUUUUUACGCACGGGUAAAGGUUCUCACGAUAAGUAGAUUGUUAUUUAAAUUCCCACUUAAAUACUUAUACUGAAUCCCUCAUUGUGUAAGUUCCACGACAGUGACGUUUUCAAGUCACCAUUCCGCAGACUACAGUUGUGUUCACUGUCAUGUGAACGUACAGCGGUGACGCUUUCCGAAACUUUCGACAGUUGUCUCAGUAUUUGGGGAUCUUUAACUUUAACUUUGUUGUGUAAUGACUUAAGUUUAUAUCCAGUGGUUUGGUGUGACUUUCGGUUUUACACAGCAAAAUGGAUCCUUUAUUCAGUUCCACCGAUGUGCCAAACUGGACCACGAGCUCCAACGUAACCAAUAACGGGACAGUAGAUCGGAACCAGUUUGUGCAGCCCGUCUGGAGCAUCGUCCUCUGGGCCAUUGCGUACAGUUGUAUAGUUAUUGUGUCCGUAGUAGGUAAUGUCACAGUGAUCUGGAUUAUUAUGGCGCAUAAACGCAUGAGGACCGUCACCAACUAUUUUCUGCUGAACCUGGCGUUUGCCGAAGCCUCCAUGUCCGCCUUCAACACGGUGAUCAACUUCACCUACGCCGUGCACAAUGUGUGGUACUUCGGACUGGUCUACUGCCGCUUCCACAACUUCUUUCCAAUCGCGGCUGUCUUUGCCAGCAUCUACUCAAUGACUGCCAUCGCUCUGGACAGGUACGUAGCAAUCAUCCACCCUCUGCAGCAGCGCAUGUCAGCCACAGAGACCAAAGUGGUGGUGGGUGUGAUCUGGGUGCUGGCUCUGCUCCUGGCCUUCCCUCAGUACUACUACUCCAACAUGGACCAUCUACCCAGUCGGGUGGUGUGCUUUAUCGACUGGCCAGAAUACACCAUUUAUGACUUCAAAAAGAUAUACUAUGUGUGUGUGGCCAUCCUGAUCUACUUCCUUCCUCUGCUGGUGAUGGGCUGUGCUUAUCUAGUGGUGGGACUGACCCUCUGGGCCAGUGAGAUCCCUGGAGACUCUUCUGAUCGCUACAAGGAGCAGCUGACCGCCAAACGCAAGGUGGUGAAGAUGAUGAUCGUUGUGGUGUGUACGUUUGCCAUUUGCUGGCUGCCCUUCCAUGUUUACUUCCUGCUGUACCAGUACUUUCCUGAAAUGUUUGAGGAAAAGUUCAUCCAGCAGUUCUACCUGGCCAUCAUGUGGCUGGCCAUGAGCUCCACCAUGUACAACCCCAUCAUCUACUGCUGCCUCAACGACAGGUUUCGUGCUGGUUUUAAACAAGCCUUCCGCUGUUGCCCCUGCAUACCUCAAGGCUCUUACGAAGGCCUGGAACUCAAGUCCACUCGCUACCUUCAGACCCAAACCAGCGUUUACAAGGCCAGCCGGAUGGAGAUCACCGUGUCUACUGUUCUCCAGGUUGGGGACGACAUGGAACAGCCCAAGGUCAAGGUAACAGCAGGUCCAGAGCCUGGUGUGUCUGCAGUCGGGGCCAGGCCACAUAGCUCCUCCCUCGACCUGACCUCGAAUGGGUCAUCAUCCUGGAGCGUCUCCAAAACGGUAUCAGAGACUUCUAGUUUCUACUCCAGUAACAACAUGCAGGAAUAG